AUGAAGACCAAAAAUGGUAAGGGAGGAGCAUGGAACAGGGAACCACCUCAUCAACUUUUUCCUUUAAAGCUCCUGUGAAGAGGAACUUUUGGUUUCUGUCAGAAUCAUUUAUUGUGUUUCUUUGGCGACUCUGCUGACACCCACCCCUUCACACCGGUUAGAGCACUACAGUAUAAAUGUAGUCCGUCUUGUUGCUGAUGGUCUUGUUUGCUUUUGGAUAUUAUUGAAAUGAAUUUAAUUCUGUUUCAUAAUUGUAAAAAACUCCUCAUGGGAGCUUUAAGAUGAAGUAAUAUGACCCCUCUCAAUCCCGUAGCAGGGAAAUUUGCAGCUUUAUCAGCAGCGAAGUAUCAGCAGAUGUGUUUCUCAUAGAAAUGUAAAUGUUGCAUCAAUUUUAAGCAUAAAAAUGUAUGUUUUUUUUCAUUAAUUUAUAACCUCUGCUUGCUGCUUUUGUUCAUGAAGCAUCAUGUAGUUCGGUAAUCUGGUCAAACUUAACUAGAAAUGUAUGCAGAUUAAGUCAUUGUCAUAGCUGUUAGUUCAUUGUAGGAGGAUUACUAAUUUUGAGAUUUUUUCCCUGACAAAACUGCGCUGACACUGCGUGUAACUGUACCAGAUUACAUGAGGAAGUCUCAGUAAUCGCUGUUUAGAGUAAUCCAAUUUCACAAAAUCCCUCUCUGUUAUCCUCAGAGUCACACAGGGUGCAUGGUAGAGUAAAUGAGGUAAAGUCAGGCUGCAUUUAAAAUCUAAUAGAAAAUUUAUUGAUAAGUUCAAAAUCUAAAAGUGUAAUAGGUCUGCUGCACCUGAGGAGGGUUAGUAAAGCUUAAGAGCUAGAAUUAAGGAAGAAUGUCACAUUAUCUAGCAUUUGAUAAGUGAUAUUACCCUGAUGAUGACUGCAACCCAAAUACUUGUUGUGAAAUCUACCCUGCUCUGGUUACUGUCACAGGUUGCCUCUUGGAAAUCCCAUCAUAUACAAACCCCGCUCUUUAACUUCAUUGACAUACAGGGAACAUGAAGAAGAGGAAAUUUGUCCCAUGUGACCGGCAUGAAAUGUCUGCUCAUCUCACAGGCUGCAAGUGAAAAGAAAACCUGUCAGACUAUCUGUAAAGAAAAUAUCUACUAUAGUUAUAGAAGUUUUAUUUUGCUUUUCUGGACUUUGACUGCUCUGCAUUCCUCAAUCCUUAAUCCUGAAUCAAACCUUGUUUAAAGAGAGGAACAACACUCUGAAAUAAUGUGGAAAUUCUGAGACAGUCUUUCCUUUUAGACAACCUUUAUCUUUUAGCAUUUAUCAGUCCUUUUAACCACAGAAAUGACACUUGAAAGUUGGAUUGAAAUCCUGGUUGUGGGUGAAUGUCAUGUGGUCUGCUUAGAUGCCUGAUAGGAGACCAUGAGGCUCACAGCGCCCAUCAUUGUCCUCGUUCGAUGCACUGAAUAGUAAUUAAAUAUGCCACUUAUGCUUCACUGAUUCAUUUCCUUCACAAUUUUGAGGCUCAGCAGAAAGCACUUUUUUUCCAGUGCAGAAGGGCUGCAUUGUAUCCAGUAUGGCCUCAUUACAAGGGCAAAAGGGCUUGGUGCUGGGGAGGGCAGGGGGAGCAGAAGGGGGAGAGGCACCCCGUGAAGACAUUGUGCUUAACAUCACUUAAUACCUCAAACGCUAUGUUGUCCUUCCCAGCCCUCAAUUAGUCGGGUGCCUUGUAUAAAGCACUGAUUUCAUACAAGGAGACUUAUUUUUAGAGAAAAUCCGGCCCUGUGCCGGCAGGAAGCUCUUUGAAAAUCUAAUGAAGAACACACCAGUCAUGCCGAGUUGUUAGUCUCAGAGCAAUGCUGGUUAACAAAGCCUCCCUUCUGUUUUUCUGUUCCUACAUCUGACUGCAAAAGACAAGAAGUUUCUGAACUUUUACUGUGGUGGCGGCUACUGUAGCCUGCUCCGUCAGUGCUGGACAGUGUCCAGCCUGGAGGCUCUUUGCCCUGCCCUCUGGCCUCUUCAGCUCGUGGAUCUCUGUGCGGAGGAACGCCUCUUUGGUGGCUGUGACUAGGAGAAUUAGGCAAGAGAUGCGGGUUCACUUGCCCUGCGUAGGGGCUUAUCUUGGGCUAAGCUGAGGGACUAAGCAGCAAAGCCAGCCUCUGCUCCAGCCGGUCUGAGGGCAUAGGGAACCAUCUGUCCACUCUGUGGAUAACUGACAACAAAGGGGGCGAACAUCGGAGAGGGACUGCAAACUCAAAGGCUGUUCAUUUAAGAGCAGAGAGAAAUAAAGAAGAGGUACAAGUGUUUUGUUUAUAAGGUCAGUACCAUACUAAUCGUUCUUUUUGCUUCACAGGCCUCUCACUGAGCCAUGGCUUCAAGACUUUCCACUGAGUAGUUUCUACUGGUGACAUGGUUGCAGGCUUAAUUAUUGUUGGGGUUCUUGCAGUACAGAGUGUGGAAGUAAAACUUUUAAUUCAGUCUCUCUGCUUGGUUCUGUUGGUUUAAAGCGGGCUGGAAAAUGUUUUAAUGCACAACUCCUGACUUCCAUCAGGGUUGAAUUAAUUCAAGCUGCUUGUUUUUCUCUACUCUAGUGUGUUGUGCAUGCCUUUUUUUUCACUCCUAACUUCAGACCUAAAUUUUGGAGCAGUGCUCAGCCACAGUAUAGAGGGCUGUGAUGAUCUGUGGCCCCCUGCUUAUAUGCUGCUUGUAAACACACGGAUAGAAAAAUAAAGUGUUGCUUCAUGUUUUUGCAAAGUCAUAAGUGAAAGGUUAAUCUUUAAUUUGAUUAUGUCGAUAAUUGAGCAUACAGUGCUGAAAAAAUUGAUGCAUCUUUGUUUGAAUAAAAGUCAGGACUUUUGUCUCAAAAUUGGAAAACCUUUGUCUGCAUCAGCUCUGUAAAACAGGUCAGGUUUAUAGUCUUAAGAAUGAAAAAAAAACAUCCUCAUAUGUGUCCUUUUCCAGAGAUGCCCCUCAGUUAAUCCACGCAGGCAUUGUUCUCAGUAUUCACACAUAUCUAUCAAUAUAUCUAUGGUUUUUGUGGUGCACAUUUGUGCCUGUCAAUAUGCUGGGAGCUGGGUUUCAGUUAAUUAUCUGUAUUAUCAUCAUCCACACUUGAUGGGUGCUGUUGUUCUCCACUGUUUUGUUCGAGAGCCUUGAGUGGGUGCUGAUGUGCUAGAGGUGACAGAAAUGGGUCAAAAGGGUUUUAGCAUUAACUAAAUAAAUCCCAGCCUAUAGGAUUAGACAGUGAUGUUGCUGUUUAUUUGAUGUAUUCACAGACAGUUACUAUAUAAUGAUACACAGGGAGGACAAUAAACAUGAGUCUUGCUAUUAGAAAGACUCCUUAUUUGUGAUAUUUUGGACAAAGUCCAUGAGCUUAGUGGGGAAUUAUCAACAGAGGAAUGUGCCAGAACAAUAUCUUAUUGUACACUUGUCCCAGCUUUCAGACGAGCAUGUUUUGUUUGCUUGUUAUUACACUGAUAUGGCCACAUUUGAUCUGAUAGAUACUGACACUUCAUCAGUGUUAGCAUGCUUCAACCUACACUCCUUUAAUACAACUUCUGAGGGUUAGAGCUGUAGCAGGGAGCUCUGUUGUUAUUAUUAUUGAUUUGUCUGAGGAUCCAAGCUAAAGCAUGUUAGCUUAGUUUAGCUCCGCUCUGACAAAGAGCAGUACAGGGGAGCAGUUAGCUUGGCCUUUAAGAAAAGCGUAAUGAGACACAGCCAACAGCCACUCUAAAAGGCACAGUGUGCCAUAUUUAGGUGCAUUUAGAGGAACAGACUUGGUAGAAAUGAAACAUGGACAAAUAUUAUUAUAAGGCUGUUCAUAUUAGUGUAAAAUCACAUCAAUGCAAAAAUCCUGUUGUUUUUGUUGACUAAGCGUUAACAUUUCAAAGGAUUGGGUCACUCUCCAUGGAAGCUGCCAUCUUGCUCUUCUAGGCUAUUACUAUAGCACAGAAGAGGCAAAUUAGAAUGACUAACAUGCAUGUUUUGCAUUCAGUAAAUGGCAAUGCAAAAUGCAUUAGAAGAGAGUGACUUUGUAUUGACAAGAUGUUUUUGAUGACGAUGACGGUAGUCAUGGUACAAUCAGAUUUUUUCUUACUGCACCUUUAAAAUCACGGGGAGUGCCUCAGCAGAUGGAAAAUCAUUCCUCCUUCGAUCAACCAAAACUUUAUCUGGAAAAUGUUGUUAUAUAACAGCAGCAAACACAAAACACAAUUGCUGCUUUGGUAGCCUCCCGAGCAGCCUGUUUGGGUUGGCGUUUUCCCCCUCUUCCAGCCUGUACCCACUGUUUGUGUUUGCCCAAAUGGCUUUGUAUGGUGCCAUUUUCACAGUGGGUGACUGAAAAAAGACUCUUGCGGUAUGGGAAAAACAGUGUGUUUGUUGCCUGUACAUUUUGAAACAAGUUGUAACUCUCCCGAGGCUCUUCAGAAAGUGUCGACUUUGUCGUGACAUCCAGCCAACCUGACGUCACUCAGCAGAUUCCAUCAGUAUUCUGAGCCGGGCUAAGUAACAGGCCUGCUGCGAGAUUGACCAUUAUAUGCAGAAAAUUCACUAUUGAACUGUGAUUGUGGUGCAUUUGGGAUGUUUCGCUAACAGUGGAAACAAUAACAGCCUCUGCAACAAUAUUGAUUGGCAUACAUGCAGACAAAUAAGUGAUGCAAGCACGGUGUACUAUUUUGGUGUUUCAUGUGGCUUAAACCAGGACAGGAGUUGAUCAAACCAGGACAUAGACAUGUUUAAUGGGUCUUUUCUUGGAACACAGAGCUUGAAAACCAGGUCAGAUUAGGAUCACCCUAAGAAGCAGAUAAUCAUCAAACAUCUUGAUUGUCAUUGUGCAGGCUGUUAAAACAAUGGAAUGACUGAGGCCCUCAUACACACUCACUUGUGUUAUGUCCCAGUGCUCCUUUUCCCUUUAUCACAGUGCUCUAGUAUUUGUAUUCUUUUGAGGUAAGGUUUAGCUAAUUUUCUCUUAGCCUUAUUAAACACAGUGAAUAUAAACUUUGGGGGAACCUCUCAGAACUCUGAUAAUCCAACAAACAAACUGACCUUGGGUCCUCAUGGACUCAAGUCUCCUAUCUGUCUGUCUGUCUGUGUGCACUGAGCUGCACAUCCUACUCUGCAAAGACACAUUCUUUAUUUGCUCUGCAAAUGUGACAGAUUGGAUACGGAGUCAACACAGAGCAGACUUUGUGUGGUGGCAGUGUGAUAUUAAAAGUCACACACACAUCACUUGAUCCUCAGGCCUCCACAGCACAAGUGGCGUCCUUUGUAUCUCAUCUUAUCCCAGAGUCACACAACUCCUGUAACUCAUGACAUGGUCUCAUGUGGAGAUUUCCAUGGUGGCUGAGAGGGGUGAACGGUCUGCAAUGGCCUUGGUGGUCUUCACUGGGAGAAACAAGCUGCAAAUCCAAAAACACAUAAAAAAAAUAAAUAACCACAGGAGAAAUGCAGUACAAGUAAUUAGAUAAAAACAUACUGCUGAAGGUCAAAACAAGUGACACAGCUUUCUCAUGGACCAGACAGAGAAGAUAUUAUCGCUGAUUUAAUUAGAUAUUAACAAUACAAGCUACUGGCUAAAUGACCAUGACCUUUUAUGUAUUGAGACAGAACAUGACUUUAUAAACAUGUAAAUAUGACCUGCAGAGCUAUAACUGAAAAGAAAGUCUGGUGAUCAGAAAGCUCUGCUAACAAAACCAUCACUUGCUGUAGCUUUGAAUGACUUUGGAUCUCAUGUAGCCGCUAGCACUUACUGUUAGCUAGCCAGCGUGGGCUCUGAGUAUGGGGGUGUGUGGGUGUUUUCUUCUCCAACAACACUGGGGAUGAAGAAUGCACAGUGAGGAUGGAAGAGAUGAUUAUCCUAACAUCUCUGGAUCCAGAGCAGAGUUUUAGUGGUACUAGUCCACUGCACUACUGCUGCAGCUCUGAGAUCACUCAGUUUCUCCAGGCCAUGGACCAUAACUGGCCUUGUAGUCAGAAAUACAGAUAGUCAGCUGUGCCCAGAGACCAACUCUGAAACAAUCAUUUUCCAUUAGUCCCUGACAACAAAGCGAUAAGUUAUGUGUCGGAUCUACUCUCUGUCUUGUCAAUAAUAAGGCUGUUUCACUUAGUGCCUCUCAGUCCUCUCUGUCUUUUAACCUUCUUUUGAUACUGAAGCGUUUAUUUGCGUUUUUUUCUUAUCUUUUCUUUUCUUUUUCUUUUUUGCAUAGUGUCAUGUGUACAUUUGUGAUUCAUACAGUUAGACUUUUUGCACUGCACAUGUGCCAGUGUUCACACAUUGGGCUAUGAGCCUAAAGUUGAACAGUGUGGAUGUGUUGUUAGGAAACCAGGUAGUAAACAAAAGCCCAACAGAUGCAGAAAGAAAUUUUUAAAAACGGCCAAAACUUUUCUAUCAUACCAACAAACAGUAAAAAGCUGUAGAAGUGACAGUGUUGUCAUCUUUUGACGUGCAUCCCUCUUGCUAUUUUGCUGGCUGUAUUGAUACAUAGAAGGAAAGGACAUGCAUCUGUCAAUAAUUCAAUGUUUCCCAGUGCCUGUGAGCUGGGACAAAGACAGGAGUCCAGUUGAACCACCUGAGGUAUUACCCAGCUUGACUGAACUGUGCAUGUAAAUGUACUGACUGUCAUCGAAAGCUCACAUUUAUACCAGAAGAGGACAACAAUAGUUCACAACUCUUCAGAGAGUAUAAAUCCUUGGACAUAAGGGAGUUUGGCUCAGUACAGUUGCAGUUGAGAGAUGUCUGUUCAAACUGUGAAUAUUGCAGCUUUAUUGCACCAACAAUUCCUCACAGGAGUUUUAAACAGCGAAAGAAAGAGUUCAAUGUUUCAGGGAAAGAAAAGUGGAUUCACACACAAAGACAGGGAGUGAAAUUGGAAAUAAGACAGACGGACUGUUUGACUUCAUUUGUUUUAAAGAGUCCACCUGAAAAUUGUCCUCCUUUUCCAGGGUUUUGACUUUAAAGCUUUGACAAUGUCUGAUAAAGAAGAAAUGGCUUCAGAUGGGAACAUGAACGUUACACUGACAUUAAGGCUGCUGAUGCAUGGAAAGGUAAUUCACCAACAUGACAAUAAUGUUCAAAGUGUUUGGAAUUUACCAAACUUGUAGUCAUUGUGCAUCAUUGAUGUGAGAGGAAAGCUUUAGGGAGAAGAUGGUCUUUGCUGCAAGUUGUUAAAGCAUUGUUAUCUUUUUAUUCACAGGAAGUCGGCAGCAUAAUUGGGAAGGUAAAUUUAAUUAUCUGCAUUAGUCUUUCUGAUUGUCUUACUUUCCUUUCCUUAUAAAACGAACUAAUUCUCCUGUUUUAUUUUCCUGCAUUAUUCAAGAAAGGAGAAACAGUGAAGAAAAUGAGGGAGGAGGUGAGCAUCGACACCCCUAAUGUGAAAACAUGUAUAAUUUAUGUGUUCUGGCAGAUCAAUUACAACAAACUGUGGCAGGAAUAAUUUGUGGAUUUGUAUUUUCAGAGUGGUGCACGAAUCAACAUAUCAGAGGGAUCUUCUCCCGAAAGAAUAGUUACCAUCACAGGACCCACAGAGGGGAUUUUCAGAGCUUUCUCUAUGAUCGCACAGAAGUUUGAGGAGGUAGAGGCAACAUAAAUAGAUGCUACAAAGUGUGCAUCACUGCUGUGAAGGAAAUUACAUUGAUAUAUAUAUGUAUAUAAAUGUGUAUAUAUGUAUAUAUGUAUAUGUAUGUGUGUAUAUAUAUAUAUAUAUAUAUAUAUAUAUAUAUAUAUAUAUACAUAUAAAUAUAUAUAUAUAUAUAUAUAUAUGGGUGAGUUUUUUACAAUGUUGUUUGAAGUUUUUGUCUUGUGAAAAAUGGAAAUCGUCAGACAAAGCCGACAUCCUUACAGUUGUCAAAACCAUAUUUCUGAAUUCUCCCUCAGGAUAUUACUGCAGCGAUGACAAACAGCAACGUGACAAGCAAGCCACCUGUGACACUUCGCCUUGUUUUCCCAGGAAGCCAGUGUGGUUCACUGAUUGGCAAAGGAGGCUCAAAGAUCAAGGAAAUCAGAGAGGUAUGUUUCCUUAUCUUUUUAUUUGGUACUACAGGAAGUUUUUUUUCUCCAUCUAAACAGGGACAGGAAACAUCCUCCCUGCUGCUCUGACACCCUGAGUAUCAAACACUGCAGUCAAACCCUUCUUGUUUAUCUCUGCUUUUAAAAGUGUGUAGUUUUAUGGUUGCUGCUCAUGAAAAUCUCCCUGAUUAUGCCUGUAAAGAUCAGUGGAGACUGACUGCUCGCUCUGAAUAGACAAUAUUUGUGUACGCUUCUGCAAAUAUUGGAGCACACUUUACUAUUUGGCUUGCAGCUGCUCCCUGCAUGUCAAAAUGUAUUCGGGGCAAUUUGUGUGCGUGCCUGAAACAGCAUUUCAAUUUGGGUGAUUGAGUCCUCUUCAGCAAUAAAUAGCAUUUGUUUCUUCUCUUGUCUGGGGAUGUUAAGACCACAGGCGCUCAGGUUCAGGUGGCAGGAGACAUGCUGCCGGACUCCACAGAGAGGGCUGUCACAAUCUCCGGCACUCCACAGGCCAUUACUCAGUGUGUAAGACACAUCUGCUCUGUCAUGCUGGAGGUAAGCACUGCCACACAGCAGAUGAUCCUCAUGUUCAAAAGCUCUAUUUUGGCAUCAAGUUGCAAUUGUUUAGGCUGGGGUUAAAGGUAUUUGGAUAUUUUCAAUCUUAGCAACAUUGCUGAAAGGUUUUACUUGAAGUCCCUGUGAGAAAUGCAUCAAUAUUGUCAUAAUAUGCAAUAUUGAUGCGGUGCUGCUCAAUGUAUAUUGUUAUCCUAAAAAAUAAGGGAUUUGUCUCACUCUGAGGGGAUCCUGUUUAGCAUAACCGCCAGCUAACCACACAUCAUCCUGCUUACUGCUCGACUCCCAGCUCAAAAACACAAACAAGUUGACACAAAAUGUUGAUGGAAAGAAAUUUUUAUUGAUUUUAAAUCAUUCAUUCAUAUAGCUGAAAAAUAGUCUCUCUGUUAGGAUGAUUGUCGGUGCCUCUAGCUCAACAGUGUUGUUAUCAUGCUGUGUACGGGUCAGAUCACUGUAACAAUAAAAUAAAUGUUUUUAUUCAACGUCAUCUUAGUUUUGCUGAUCGCAGAGUUUUUAAAAAAUAGUGAUGGCUAACUGGCCAUAAGAAAGACUAGUGCACAAUCAAAACAGCACUUUGUGAUGCAAACAUCUCUGAUUUAUUCAAAAUCACACUUUAGCUACAUGACAAGAAAAAUAACAGUGUGGCUUUUCCCAACAAAACAGGCCCUCUCAACCGAGGACAGGCCACUCUACAGUGGUACUGGCAGUGGGAUUCAACUAGCUUACUAUUUCCGACAGCGCCAAUGGGUGGUUUAAGCAGCCUAGAAGUCCUAACAGUCCCCCAGUCCUAACAUGUGGUUGUUUUUAUACCAGCACAUGUAAAAGGCCCUGAACCAUGUAAUUUUACAGCCCAAGCCUUUCCGUGUUGCUGUAUGUGUCUGUUCUCUUCAAUUUUAUAGAUGUCUCUGUCAUCUAAGCUUCUCCUGCACUUGUGUUACCUGGUCAGACAUCAACCACUAAUCUAAAGUUUAGUGCUCUAAAGAAUUCAGGACCUGACCGACUAAGAUCACAAAUAAGGGGCACUAAAUUGCAUGUACAAACUAAAAAUUGCAAAUGCUUUUGGUGGGCGUGUUGCCGGUGAUCCACUAUGAUUUCAUGUGCAAUUGAUAACAGGUGCAAAAGUGAUGCUGACUGCACUAUUUAAAUGAGGAUUUUACGUGCACUAUCGGCUGUCACCAUGGACAGUUUGUGAGAGCAGAAACAAAAAAUGAAGUUUAAAGCCAGCAACUGCAUAAACGCUGUGUUUUUGUGUCAUUUACUGUGAGUGCGUGGAAACUGAAUAUACUUAUACACCCUGCAUGACAUAGCAUUCAACUCUUGGGACAGCACACCAGUUAAACUACUCUGCAAGACGCACUAACUGCUAUGGUGUGCUGGAAGGAUCCAGAUGCAGGAAAAUGCAGUGUUACAAGGAGUUUUUUCAGUAGGAGAUAUGGCAUGGAUCCUUUUCGUGACCGGCUCCAAAUCAACCCUUAGUCAUCCAGCAGCUCAAAAAUGUCAUUACUAUUACUUUUGCUCUACUAUUUUUUCUUUCUGAAAGUCCAAAUAUGUUGACACGCACAGGAGAUUCUCUCUCUCUGUCGUCUAUCAUUGCACCUAUGCCUAUAUUUCACCUAGCCUGGCUGGGCCAUCCAGUUGCAUGAAUCACUUGCCGAUCCUUCCCACAAGUGAAGGAACGGCAAGUGAUUCACGCAACAGGAUGGCUCAGCCAGGCUAUAUUUCACCAUGAUGGCAAACACACUGGCCUUCAUUUAUCAAGCUUGCGUACGGCCGAAAACUUGCGUACACCUUGCGUACAACAAUUUUGAUGUAAGGAUCAGCAUUUAUCAAUCUGCACGUGAGCGUACUCUACGACCAAAUCUCUUGACAGGUCUGACAUUGUGUACGCAAGUUUGAGUCAGUGUAGAUCUGCGGUGCAGCAAAUAUCUGUCUCAAAUAAUUGAUAAACAAACCUCAAACCUGUCACUAAGCACAAUCAGCCAGAUUUCAUUAAAGAUUAAGACCUAAAUAAAAUAAAAUAAAAUAAAAUAAAUUGAUUAUGGCCUAUUUGAUAACCAUGUCCAGAAACACUGCCACAGAGCAGGAGCGCCAUUUUAACAUUGCGCACACGCACACACGCCACUGUGGAGCGUUGUGUUUGACUCCUGAAAGGCAGGUGUCUCUGUCUUGGCCCAGCAGCAGGGACGUUGUUGUACACUCAUGAAAGGGUGUGGGACAUCAUUUGGGCCAGUAUAGUUUUGCACAAUGUUGCACGGGCGAAUGGAGUGCCAUUAGCUGUGCCGGUGCAACGAGAGGACCCGAUGCCCGGAAAACAAUAAUGAGGAGAGACUCCACAAAGGUGCUGUACAGAGGAGUCAGGACCUUAUCGGUGGAUUCUGAUGUAAAAUAUAAGUUUAGUAAGUGCUCUUGCUAUUUAAUCAGUGGUAAGAAUCCAAUAGAAAUCCAUAAAAAUGUGCCUCAGGGGCAGCAACACACCAUUUAGUGACGUUAAUAAUUAUUUUUGUUCAGCCUCUGUCAGACUCUCCAGUCUGCUCUACAUUACAAAGACGCAACAAAUUAAAACUAUAAACUUUCAAUAAUACGAGCAACGUACCCCGUGUCAUACCAAUAAAAAAUAUGAGGCAUGUAAGAGAUAAUAAUUUAUCAUCACGAGCAACUUAUUGACUAAUGAUUUAUUCAAACUUCAGCCACUGUCCACUAUUCUGCAGUAGCGCUGUUCACCGCUAUCCACUUUCAGCUCUGAAAAGUUUUAUAUCUUUCUAAUAUUUCUCCUCUUUCAUGUUUGACCUCAGUGGGCAAGGCUUCUGAACCACGAAUAUUAAAGGGCGUAAACAUGUUAAUGACGAUCGAUUUCAGCCGCUGCAUUUAUCAAGACCCGAUCAUACGUACGCUGGGAUUGGUCAGAUAAGAACCCUUUCAUAAAUCUCACGUGUGUCCUAUCAUAGGAUGAAUCCUGCACUCAGAUAUGUGCUCAGGUCUGCGCAAGAUUGAUAAAUGAGGGCCACUAAAUGGAAUGCAUGUGCUAUUUGCUCAUUUGACAGAUGCAAUCCUCAGAGUAACCAGUUAGUAGAUCAGCUUUGCACGCGCUAUCAAGUUUGCAUGUUGUUGUACAUGCAAACUUUUAGUAGAUCAGGUCUUUGGAGUACUUUUAAGACCAUCCUCCAUGUGGUCUUCUGAUACUGUUGGAAAGAUUUUUGUCAUAUUGUCAACGGGAAGAAGUGAAAUCAUGAACAGCCCACUAAAUAUGCAGUGAACACCUUUCCUGUGGCUUUAUUUGAUGUGUGUUGUGAGGGACUUUGUUGAUCCUAAUGUUGCCGCUGCUAUUCAGAAAUAAAACCAGUCUCCAGUGUGGUUUUGACUAAUCAGGGUUAAGUAUUUAAAACAACUGAGUGACCAUUAGCUUCAAGAUUGGAUGAUAUGGAUUCCCUUCAACAUAUGAAUAUGUUCUCCUAUUUUAUUUGAGAUGGUUGAGCUCUCUUUAUAUCUGCUGUAGCCUAAGAAGUUUCCCUCUGUACUAAUAUUUAUCAUUUUGUAUGUUUAUGACAUUGUCAUGUUUAAGGUAGUGAUUGUUUUCAAAGAAAAACUAACAUCAAAUGAGGUAAAAUGUUUAGAGAAAAUAAUUCAGAUAAAGUGAAGCAUCUGCUCACUCUUUUUUAAACAGAAAAAACCCUCCAAAAACAUCUUUUUGGGAGGUCUAUUCACAGCCUGUUUCUUUAAUCCAAGGUUUCAUGCAACCAUCUCAGCCGGUGAAGGGGAUGUGGAAAUAUUCAGCAUUCAGAUUCAGGAUAUUAAAGGUUUAUUAAGUACAGCCAGUAUAGGUUCUUUUCUCCGUUGUAGCAGUGUAUGAGUUUUUCUCUCUUAUUGGUUUGCAUGACUGUGUCUCCAGUCUCCACCAAAAGGAGCAACAAUUCCCUACCGUCCCAAGGCCAUGCCUGCUGGAGCCCAUGCAGUCUUAGCACCACAGCACUCUGCACAAGUAAGUGUUCAAAUAUGUGAAUGUAAAGAUAUAUGAAUGACUUAACUUAGCCUGCUGCCACUUCCCUGAAAACAUUACAUUGUAGGAGCUCUGUACUGAUGGGACCUCCGAGUCACUCUGAUCAUUAGGCAUAUUUUACCACUAGAGGGACACAUUUUUUAAUUACACAGCAAUAAGCUUUUCACAUUGUGCUGUCAGCUGUGAGAGGACCCAGUGAUCAUAUUAGCAAUUGGCCCAAUUGAAUUCAUGCUGGGCUGUAAUGUGACAGAUAUAUGAAUAGAAGGCAUUGACAUUAAUAAUCCCCCUGGGGUGUGAAACCUGAAAGAUGUCGUUGCUAAAGCUCAUAUUUUCCAUCAGCUGGCUAAUCGCUGUCCUGAAUUUGGCGCAGUCUGUUCUGACCUAUCAGACAUCUGUCUGUGUUAUUGGAUUUCUGGCUAUGGUCAAAGGGGAGGAAAACAGCACAUGACAUUUAGAUGAAUUUUCAUCAAAUCUAUACACAUUACAGCUAUGGAAUAGAGAAGGGGGGGUGGAUUUUUUAAAGAUGGACUCUCUGCUCUGAGUGUUCUUUCCAACAAAUAAAAGUUUCAAGUGAUGCCUCAGAACACCUCCUCAUAACUCCAUCUCCUCUGCUAAUCCUUGCAGGCUUUUGCAAUCCCAGGGCAGUAUGCUUUUGCACAUCAAGAUGUAAGUAUGCUGGUAUUAAAUGAGUGACACCCACCCUAAUGACCUGCUCCUGCCCACUCCUCAAAGCCACCAUGACACCCUCUAUGUCUCCCACUCUGAGAAGAUAAAACUGAAGUAACCCUGAUCUGUUGAUAACACUAACACUAACAUGAGAUAGCAGCAAAAUGCUUUGACUGAAAUUAAAGUUUAAGAUGUUCAGAUUUAUGAUCAGUUGUAGCUUUGUAGACAGAGAUGUGAAUGUAUUUUUAGAUGGCUGCUACAAGAAGCGAGCAUGCUUUCUGACAGAAAUGAAUCUCUCACACUGACACCAUCUGUGAUGUUUGUGAACUUCACAUUGGCUCUGUAUUGUAGUUGUCAGCUCCUCUGAAAUAAUCCAGUUUGAUUGGUUAGCUCUAACUUCCUUCCUACCCUGCAGUUGACCAAGCUUCACCAGUUGGCUAUGCAGCAUAUCCCCCUCCCCUCCCUUGGGCAGAGCAACCCUACCUUCCCUGGUACGUACCCACGACUCCCCGGGGAGGUCCAUCUAUCCCCCUGACUUCACUCCUCUUCGAAUCACACUGACAAAACAACACUGUCACCUCAGACUCCAGAGAGGAUCUCGGGUGUCUUCCUUCUUUCAGAGUUUAAAGACUCUCUCACAGGUUUCAAACAUCUACAUGAAACACAAAGUACCUGUCAGGUUUAUGCACACGUACUUGCUCUUAUUUGCUCCAGAGAAUUGGAUUUUAAAAGUAAGACUCACAGCACAAAGGGAUGCAAGAGGCUGAGUACGGUGGUCCUGAAGGUCGACUGCACAAACAUUUUAUUAACAGGAAAAAACAUUUCACUAGAUGCAAAAACAUUUCACAAAAUCCAGAAAUAAUUACAAAACCCCAAAAAUAAAUAAUAAAAAUGCAUGAGCACAAAGACAAGGAUAACAAGAUCCAAAAAUAUUUCAUGAAACCCUGAAACAUUCUGCAAAAAGAAUGACAUGUUUUUGGUAUUCUGUAAAAUACACUUAUCAUAUUAUUUUCUUUUUGUAACUGUUAAAAGUGUCUGUGUUGAAUGAAAUAUUUCAGUUUUUUUUAAUUGUUUUCAGGUUUGAUGAAAAGUUUCUGUAUUCAGUGAAUUGUUUGUUAUGUUCAUGACAUGUUUGUGCAGUUGACCUUCAGAGCCACCAUGCUUUAGCCCUCAAUUUGUUUCUCAUUGAACUUUCUACAAACCGUAAUGAGACUGAAGCAAACCAAAAAUUCCAACAGCAGAGUUUUCUGAGAGGGAAAUGUGAAAAAUGAGAGAAAUAUUUACCCUUUGGUAAAUAGUUGACCAUUUCUCACCAUUUCUUUGAUCCCCUCCAGAGUUUCAGCUCCAUUUGCCCAGUUUUCCUCUCCUAAAACAAAACCUCAUCUCUUCACCCCAUCCUCCACCUCUGCAACAGUUCUCCUUCAAUUCUAACAUCGUCUUGGCCAGAAAAUCCCUGACUUUAACUUCCCCAAGUUCUCAAAAACUUUGCCAUGACUAACUGAGGACACAAUGUUUGAACAUGUUUUUAUUGUUGAAAUGAUAACAUUUAUACCACAUACUCAAGGUAUCAAAAAUAACUUUAUGAUAUUGAGCAACAUCCAAUUUAUGUAAAGAGUGAGUGCUGAUCAUGUAUAUAGAGUAUGCAGUAUGCCAUUUCCAUGAUCUUACUUUAGCAGUGAACUAGACAAAGUAGGCCAACUUGUCAUGCCAUUAAAGUGGAAGCCAUUAGUGCUGUACUGUUGUUAGCAUUCCUUGUCCUACUUUGCAGGAUUGGAUGCAUCUGCCCCCACAAGUUCACAAGAGCUGGCGAUACCUAAUGAUGUAAGUGCCACAUUGUUUUGUGUUUCUACAGCGCUAAAACAAAACCCUGCACCAAAAACCCUGCUACCUCUUUUUCAUUGCUUUCUAGGAUGACUGUCAUAAUGAGGAUUUUUGGACAUAAGUUUCUCUGUUUUCACCUUAUUAGCUGCAGAAAGUUCUGAAUGCAGUCAAAUUUAAUAAAUAAAAUUCUUUGCAUGUACACAGCAGGCAUUGGGAUUGUUGAUUUAGCUGAAAAUUUGAGGAAUUUAAACAUCACAAGAUUUUUUAUGCAUAUAGAUUGCUUUUUAAAAUGAAUUUUGCGCAAAAUGGUAUAAAGGAAAUCAGGCAGUGGGAAGAAUCUUCUUGGUGUACUACUUAGAAUAAAGACCUGCCACAGAUAAAGAUAGACUCAGUUGUCACUCACAGACAGGAUCUAUCCAACUAGGACCCAGAAAAAAAAUAAAAAUAAAAAAUAAUAAUAACAAGGACAGGGAAUCUUUAUUUCCAUCCACAUGUUUUGAUGAUAUUUUAUGCUAUGUCCUUUGUGAUGAACAACAGAGCCAUAAAAAGUCAUAUUUCAAUAUACUUCUUGCAUCCAGAUCUGCAUCAGAGCAAAACUGUGUGUUUGAAUCAAUUAAAACUUUCACAGAAAUGAGUUUAAAAGAAAAGUGAGUUGACUUCAGCAAUGAUGACCUUUCUGACUGUGUUCAGACAGUUUCCAGCUCACAGCAGUUUGAUUAAUGCAGAGGGGAUAUACUGUCUGUCAAAAUUAACAAGAAAAAAAGAAUACACGACCUCAUUACAAAACCACACUCCUUUUUACAAAAAGUUAAAAAUAUAGAUCUUUUCUGAACAUGGGUACUGAAAUCCAGGUUUUUCACCCAUUUUAGUUACACCUGCUAAGCUUGUGUCAGUCAGUGCCAGACUUUUGAAUGUCUGUGUGAACUGAAUACGGUCACACUAAAUCCUCACAAGUCAAACCAAUGAUUUUAUAAAACCUAGCAGUCUAAAACAGCACUCUACAUUCUGCUGACCUAUUUCUUCACCACCAAAAAACUCAAAGUUUGAGUUUCCAUCCAAAAUGUACACCACAGUUUGCUCUGCCUUUGUCAAAAACUUCAGCAACGACCUCUCAAUAGCAAUACACAGCAGUCUACGUCUCCAUGCGCAAACGUCAACCAAAAACCCACUCUAUAGCCACAAAUAAUGCUCAGAACAGCACCUAGCUUCAUCAACAGUACAUUUAGGGUCCCUGCCACAGUACUAGCCACCAACUUUGCCUGAUUUCUUUAGCAAAGACACCAAACACAACUCAACCACUCUGCACUUGGUGAUCAACUUGUCAGGGCUCCCCCCACAAACAAGCGGCUGCUGAAGGAGAGUGGUUGAGUUGUGUUUGGUCUUUGGGGAGACCAUAAGUCCUCUUUUGCCCGGACGUGUCCUCUUUUGGUGAGCUGUCCGGCCUCUCUGGGGGGGAGUUAAUAAAAUUCUUUAAAUGUCUGGGGUUUUGUAUGGAAGACCUUUUUUUUUUAGCGUGUACCUUUUCUUUGCAUCACAGACCAUUGUACUUGCCAUACACAUUCAAUGGUUCAUGUGGAAACACAUUCCAAACAGACGCCAAACCCUGGAACGUGUAUUCAUUCAUUAUAAAACAGAGCAGCGCAUCAGUACUCUUUGCUGCUUUGCCCCUCCACUCAGUUCUAAGCAAAGCCACUGACGAGAUGCAUGCAUGCACUGUCUGCUGGUGAGGGAAAGAAAAGGGAGAAAUAUUUGUAUGUGACUGAUAAUUUUGUUGAGGAGAAAUGCUUUAGAUAAAAUGAAUAAAUUGUUUGUGUGAGUAUUUUUCAGUAUCUCCAAGAGGCCUGCUUAAGUGUCUUUUUUAAAAUUCAGAAUAUGGGUUUAACUGAGUUAGAAGCACAUGGAAAACACUUGACCUGACCCGAAAAAGCGUACGGGCACAACUCCGCCCCUGCGUACUAGUGUCCUCUUUUUGGCUAUAGAGUGGCUUUUUGGUCGAGGUUUGCGCAUGGAGUGAAGGACUGCUGUGUAUUGCUAUCGUGCGGCUGCUACUAAAGUUGGUAUAACUAGAGGAGCAAGCAGUUGGCAACAUUCAUCUCUCGAGGGGGUGUCUAAUGCAGUGUUACGAUGUGUUUGACCAUGACUUAAACUUAGGCCGGAAUAUCCCUUUAAGGCCACUAUUGCUUCAUCUGGGAGGGUUGCGCAAAGGAGCAUUUUGAUAUAGACUCUGACAACUCCAUAAUGCUAAGUAUUCUUAUUUACACACACAAACACACACGCACGCAUACACGCACGCACGCAUACACGCACACACACACACACACACACGUCCUGGCUCUCUCUCCUCUUCUCUUUUCUCUGCUGGGGAUGUGUCAUCCAUUACACUUUAGUCCAAAGAGAGACAUUAAAGAUGUCACCCUUUGAUAUGUGAGUUGAUUAGGCUCUCCCUGGCUUUACUUUUGCCAUUGAAUAAUCAUUGAUAGUGGGCUUUGAUCAAUCAGAAUCAAACAUUUGAUGCAGCUCCAUGAUUGGUAAGAAAGACAGAAGUAAGCUGAGCAAACCAACUGCUGAUGGCAGCUUCCUUUCCCCAGUCUCUUCUAAUUGGACUCUUUUCCAGGCAGCAUUCUCACCACAGCAGUGAAUUACUCCAAAUGUCAACAGUGGCUUAAAAUAAGAGGGCAACACUUCAUUGAACAGAUCAAUAAUAUCAACAGCACUACACAUGAUCUUAGAGCUACAGUGUUGGCUGUUGGCAGAGGGACUAAUGCAUCAUGUCAAUGUUUAAUGCUGUUGAAAUAACACAGCUGGGACUGUGGUUGUUCUCUGUAACAAACUGCUGGGAGUCUGUGGUGUUGUUGUUCACUGUGGCAGUGUCUUCCAAAUGCUGUUUGAAAUCUAAUUGCCAAAAAGCACAGAAACAUGGCUGAUUUUCCAUUUACAUGUUUCCACUCUCUCCCCUCCUAGUUUAUUGGCUGUAUAAUUGGAAGACAAGGCAGCAAGAUCAAUGAGAUUCGCCAGGUCUCUGGAGCUCACAUCAAAAUUGCCAGCGCCACUGAUGGCUCAGCCAUGCGCCAAGUCACGAUCACAGGCUCGCCGGCCAGCAUCAGUGUAGCCCAGUACCUCAUCAAUGCCAGGUAAGACAUUAUACAUGGGGAGGUCAAGUCUAGUAGGGUUUCACAUCCUGGUCUGUUGAUAGGACAGCCAACAGCAUGCUAUUAUACGAGGGCAGACUUAUUGUGCUCAGGAUGAGGCUGGAUUUGUUCCAUCUCACUGCUCCGAUCUCUUGACUGCAUUAAAAUCCUUAUUGUCUCUGCUUUUUAACACAUUCCUUCUUUGAUUCUUAUGUUUUCUCCUCUCUCUCAUCUCCCUCCUCCUUUUUUCUUACCCAAUCCCCUUUGUUUCAUUUUUCACCUCCUUCUUUUAACUUCUCACCAUCUAAACUCCCCCUCCCGACAUCCUGCCCUGCAGCUUAGAGCUGGCUAAAUACACCAUGCAGGCCGCUACCUCUGCAACCCCAGUUGACCUCAACAUGAGCUUCUCUCAGUCUGCUCCCACUGCAUCCACUGCUGCUACCUCUAUGGCUGUCUUGGCGGCCACAACCCCAGCCCCCACCACCAUUAACGUCCACUCUCCCUCCACCUUAUCAACCAUCCAAAACCCACACUACGCCGUCCCUGUUUCCAGCCUGCUUGGCAUGAAAACCCUCCCUGUCCUGGCUGUCCACCCAGCAGCUGCUUCCAGCCUAACACAGGGUUUAUCUCCUUACACUGCAAAAAUGCCAACCUCUGGCAUCAAAAAAUCUGAGAGGCAGAAAUUUGCUCCUUAUUGA